CAGAUAUCGCCAGGCAGCAAUUCACCCGGAGCCUCAGGAGGUGGCUUGGGCAUUCGCUGUUGCACGCCUACCAAAAGCGUUGCUUGGUUGCGGGGGAGAAACAGCCCCUCCUCAAAUGCCAUUCAGUGGAGCCAGCAUCGAGAGCACUGACCAAUUGAGGGGGGAACACCGAAGCAGGGAUCAGGCACUGAGGUCAUCACCGGCAGCCAGCCUCGAGGCACGGCAUCGCGCCGUCAAUGCGAGACUCCGAAUCUCACGUCGGAGACACCAAAAAAAAAAAACUUACCGAACAUCACCAUCAAUCAAUCACCCACAUCAAAAUGGCAACUCCAUCCGCCAUGAUGUCCCAAACAAAUCCUCCAUCAAAACCGAAGCCCAAAGGCAUUCUCAAACAACCAACCGCCCGACCCCCACAAGAUGAAGCAGCAACAACAGAACUCACACGAGCCGAGAUCCUCGCGCGCAACGAAAACGCCGCCCGGCUCCGCCUACUCCAAAAGCUACGCGACACGCAACUCAAGCCCCCCGUCCCCCUCUCGACCUUCGAAACGCUCUGCCAGCUCCCCCACUCCAGCACCCACCCCGCCUCCGCCCCUUCCCCCGAGGACACCCGCACCUUCCUAACCCUCCUGACGGACUUCCAACCGUCCGAGUACCUAGACCUGAUCGAGGAGCGCAACUGCCUCGGCAAGUGCGGGUACGCGCUGUGCGGGCGGGCGCGGCGGGCGGUGGGCGGCGCCUUCAGCAUCGGCCCGGGCGGGAUCGCGCGCGCGGGGGACGUCAACAAGUGGUGCUCGGACGCGUGCGCGCGCCGGGCGCUGCACCUCAAGGUCCAGCUCGACAACCCCAGCUACGUGCGCGACGGGCGCAUUGGUGGCGGUAUGGUGGUCAAGCUGGAGCUGCGGGACGAGGGCGGUCAGGGUGGCCAGGGUGGUGGUGCCGGUGGUAGCCAGGGUGGCGGCGAUGCGGCAAAGCCUCCGCGCGGGAAGGAGGAGGACCGCAAUGAGCUGGCGCAGGUUCUGGCGAAGCUCGAAAUUGACCGGCAGAUGAAUGGCAAGAAGACGGACGAGUCGGCGCUCGCGGGUGAGAGGGGUGAUGCUACGGGCGGGUUGCUUGCCGGGGUAACGAGGGUGGACGUCAACAUUAAAGAGGCGGCCGCUGUUGGGCCGACCAAACCUCCCGGCCCACAGGCAAAAGGUGGCGAGUUCACGAUUGAAGGCUACACGCCCAAGAUAUUUAGGGAAGGCAAGGGCCCUGGCACUUCUCAAGCGCUGGCGGAGGGGAACGGCAGUGAAACUGCCAAAAAGCCAGCGGAGGGUGAUGAGAGCGGUGGAAGCGAAGAUGACGAUGACGAUGAUGAUUUCUUCACCGUCCGGUUUUGAGACUUUUAGGUUUUACCUUGGAUGGCGUUCACGAGAAAACGGUUUACGGAGUUUGGUUAUGUUGAUCAUCUGAAUACUUGGGGCCAGGGGAUCUUCAAAUCAUUGUCGGUUUCGUCAGGGGAGGAGCAUUGCAUCGAGUGCCGGCCGUCGCUCUAGAAAUCGUGCACAGGCACAAUAAUUCAGUUAAUCUCACCUUGCAGAUUCG